GGCCGAAGCGCGUGCUGCUCAUCAUGGGAUUGCUUGCUAGCAUGUACUCAUGGCGAGAGACUGUCAAGCACUAUGCCAAUCGAAAGGAUACGACAGUACUGGUCUUUGACAAUCGAGGCGCUGGCAAGUCUGAUGCGCCCUUGGGUAGAUACACGACGACGAUGUUGGCGGAGGAUACUCUAGAAUUGCUGGAUCAUGUCGGUUGGACAAAGUCGCGCAGUGUUCAUGUUAAUGGUGUUUCAAUGGGCGGUAUGAUUGCUAUGCAGCUUGCACUUGUUGCAGGAGAGCGCAUCAAGAGUCUGUGCUUGACGUCCACCUGCGCAAAACAUCAAAACCCACCGCGCACACGACUUGAAAGUAUCGCCGGUUGGAUUGAUUGGUUCAGGCCAAAACCAACUAAUGAGCGCAAGGUUGAAGUGCUCAUGGGACGUUUGUUUACAGAUGAAGCAUGGCUCGACAGCAAGAAUCCCGCGUACCCCGAAUUCAGGACAAACCGCGAGCGCGUCUUCCAAAUCAUGCUCUAUCGUGUCACUCAAAGCAAGACACCGCGUGUGUCUGGUCAGGUUGGCCAGAUUGCGGCUUGCCUCACCCAUCAUUGCUCGCAAGAGAACUUAGCAAAGAUUGGCCAGCAAAUGCCUGUCCUUGUGAUUGUUGGCAGACAAGACAUGCUCAUAGAUCCAGCGUGUUCGGAUGUUCUCUACAAGCAAGUCUCCUUGGAAGGCCAGCGGUCUCACGUGAGGCUGGUCAGCUAUGAGAAGGGAGGCCAUGCGUUGAUGGUAGAAGAGGAGGAGGCCUACCACAAGGAGCUGGACAACUUUGAGGCUCAGAGCGAGACAUUCGAGGCGAAGGCUCAUGAUGAUAGAAAGUAGACUGUGUAGAUGAAGAGGACU